UAGGAUCGAUCGCAAAAUCACAACCAGAUCAAUAGCUGAAGUGGAAAAUGGCGUCUCAGGCAAGGCCUUUUCACGAUAUGUAUGAAAUUAAGGAAGAACUUGGAAGGGGAGCCUUUAGUAUAGUUCGUAAAUGUGUUCUGAAGGAAGGGAAAGUCGAAUUUGCUGUUAAAAUUCUCGACACGCGAAAGAUGACCUCGCGCGACAUCCAGAAAGUUGAGCGAGAGGCUCGGAUUUGUCGGGGCCUGAAACACCCGAAUAUCGUCCGUCUUCACUCUAGCAUCUUAGAAGAAGGUUUCUAUUACUUAGUGUUUGAUAUGGUCACUGGUGGAGAACUCUUCGAGGAGAUUGUAGCCCGAGAGUACUACAGCGAGGCAGAUGCCUCCCACUGCAUACAGCAAGUGUUACAGAGUGUUCAGCAUUGUCACGACAGCAAUAUAGUGCACAGAGAUCUUAAACCCGAAAACCUUCUCCUCUCUAGCAAGGAAAAAUCAGCGAUAUGCAAACUAGCCGACUUUGGAUUGGCAAUCGAAGUCGAAAACGGCAAAUUAGGUUGGUUCGGUUUCGCCGGGACGCCGGGAUAUUUAUCUCCGGAGAUUUUGAAGAAGGAAGCAUAUAACAAGGCGGUAGAUUUAUGGGCUUGUGGAGUGAUUCUGUACAUCCUUCUGGUAGGCUAUCCUCCCUUUUGGGACGAAGAUCAGCAGAAAUUGUACAGUCAGAUCAAGGCAGGGGCCUACGACGUAAGUAAAUAAGCAUAAUUUCAUGAUUUGUAUUUUCACUUUGAGAAACUGAUACUGAGCGAGCCGGGCGGUUUUCAUCGUUCUUUUGUUUCUUCCCACGAAUCGUAAAUAUAUUUAAGCUAAGCCAAAACAUCUAUUCAUAUUCUUUAUUUAACCAUCGGUUUAGCGCCUGUAUGUAGAACUGUGUUUUCGUUUAUUUAGCAUAUAAAUUGCUGUCCGUUUUCUCUUACUGUUACCAUUCUUUCCACUUCGCUUUCGAAUCGUGAUUGACAAUGGUAGGCCGUAGUUUCACAAUUCGUGCGAACAUAAAUCAUUCCCACUAAUGAUCUUUCACUAGCCAUGGAGUCUAAACCAACAUUACUCGGUUACGUGAAUAUCGAAGCGAUAAAUUGUUUUUUUGUGGGUUUCUUCUUUUGGUGGUUUCUGGCGUUAAUUGAGGAGCUAUUAUUCCAGGUAACACCUGGCGUCGAUAAGAGCGAAGUAAAAAAUCAUCGACGUGGAGAAAUAAUUUACUUAACAACUGUAGCCGUUAUAUUAUUUUUUUUCUAAAAAGAUAUUUUCAGUUUUACAACGCUGAUUAUUUAGAUUCUGAAUUUCUCCCGUGUAAAAUGGUAGCUCGUGGAAAAUAAAUUAGCGUCUCUCGUCAAAUUUACAAGAUCUCUGAUAUGGACGCUGUUGCGAAGAUCUUAUGGCAAUUACGCAUGUAAGUCCAUUGUUUCUUUCAUCAUUUAAGUUUUUGUUUUCUUUCUGUUACAAAGAAUAUGGAUUUUGAAAAUGAAUUCAGAGCCGCCUCAUUAAACACAGAUGGAUCAUUGAGACAUUAUGAAUAAUGCAAUAUUGUUCUAAGUCAUCCAGAUUUUGACCUUGCCCUAAAAUUUACUUAGUGCAACCUCCCUAGAAUUUGGCUCCUGCAUCUUGAUUUGAUUUGUAAGGCAAGAGACCUUGGUGAGGGGUGCGGUAGUCCUCCUUAAGACACCUGAGUAAUGGCUUAAAAAGAAGCCUACAUUUAAUAUUUGGCAAUAUUUUUAGUCAAUGGUUUGAAAUUUUUACCCUUAAAAUACAAGUAUAUUCAGAGAGAAGGUUAUCAUUCACAAAAAGUUCAACUUUUUCUACAGAUGUUCCUAUGGCUUCCAGAAGACUCCCCAAAGAGUCUGCUACAAACUUGUUCCCAGUGCACUCCCUUCCUUUCACUUUUAUCUUCCUUUUACCCCUUGACUGCUUUGUGUUUGCUAACAUGCAAUUUUGUCCAAGAUGUGUAACUUAGGACUUCAAUAGCUCAAAUUUCCCAGCUGGAGUUGAGAAAAAGUCUUGAAGAGGGUGAGCUGGUGAGAGAUCAUUGUGCUUAUUCAACUUGAAAGUAUGAGAAUUUUGCUCAUCAUAUCUCUUACCACCCUGCCAGUGUGGAGUGUACUUUCUAGUAGUCAGUGCCAGUUUGCCGAGAGUUAAACAGCAAGUUUCGCCUGUUGGUGCUGUUGUGCUUUCAUCAGCUGCUCUUGCUCCAACAUUUUUUUUUUUAAGCUGUGGCUUUGUUAAAGCAAUUAUUUAAUGAUAGAAGGAACAACUAAAAAAUUGGUAAAAAGAGUAAGAUUUACAUGACCAUAUGAAGUACACAAGGAGAUGUUAGGGUUAGGGGAUGCAUAAAUUGGAAAGAAAAUGCCACAAACUCGUUUCCAGUGAUGUAAUAAUGUUUUAUUAAAGCUUUUAUGCUAUUAAAGCUGUUCACUUAAUAAUGAAUGAAAAAAUUUAAUUGGUUUCUGCCACUAUUGAAAAUUGCGUAGUAAAAUCUUUUCUGAUAAUAAUCAAGGUAAUUGUAGCAAACAUCAAUAACAAAACAGGUAAAUUAGACUUUUUAAGGCUUUUCUUGUCUCUGAUGUGGUGGUUUUUGAAAAGGAAGAUCCUGUAAAAAAACCCUUGAGCAAGGACAAGGAAUAACAACAAACUCAUGGUACCUGUGAGACUGGGUUUGCCAAUGAAACUCUGGCCACAGUAACAUAAUAUUUAAGUCUGCAUCUGAGCCAAGUGGCCCACAAGGCACUAGAGCUUACCCUGAUCUUUGAAGCAUGAAGUUACUCUGAGUAUUUCUGCUUCCCCUAUAUGGAUCAAAGGUUACCCUUAAGCAUUUUUUCAGGUCUCUCAUUUUACUCUUAGGCAGUGAAACAUUCUUGAAAGGAAAGAAAGUCACUUAAACCAUAUUUAUUUACAAAAAUUGUGUACAAAUGUACACAACAUGACAAAUGUUGUUGCAAUCUGAAAAAAGCUUGUUAUUGAUUUAAAGACAAUGGUGUAAGCAACACUGCAAACUAAUUUGGCCAUAAAUUUGGUGGCAGAAAUGGUCAUCAGAUGAAGCUUUGCAAACUAGAUCUCCACUACACAUUGGAAAUGGAAAAUGUGCCCCCUUUCCUUUGCAACAUCACAGAGUUUGUUCCUGAAUUGAUAUACAAAAAACACCAUUGAUAUAAAAAUAGAGACCUACAUGUGCUCAAAAAAACUAUAUGAAGUCAAACCUAGACUUCAACUUUGACCUUUUAACAUCCAAGAUUUUAAUAUCAUUUGCUGUCUUUACUGUCUGAUCUGUAUGAUGUUAUGAUGUUAGCUCUUAAGAGGUAGAUAAAAUAUUGAUGUUGUUUUGUAGAAAUUACUCAUUGAUCUCUACUUAAUGCUUGAUUUAUACAUUUUGUGACGUGAGAGGUGUUUUAAAGCAGUAAAGCUGCUGUACAACUAUUCAUACAGCAAAAUGAUAAGGUUUUAAUACUUUGAAGGCGUGGCACUCUAGGUUGAUCACAAUAGCAUUCAGUGGUACAUGGACAAAUGAUACUCCUUGUCUGAAAUGCCAUUAUACCUGCCCUUCUGCCUUGGGCAUCAGGAGACAUGUGGGCUCCCACAAACAAUGUAAGAAUGUACAACAUAGCCAGCUUUAACUACAAGAGGCCACUACAAAUAUUACAGACCUACUGAGAUAUAAGGUUGGAAAAAUUAAAAUGACAUCCUAAAUUACAUCUUGCUUUUCCAUAAAUUGGUAACCCACUUGGCAGUUUUAUUUGCUGACCGCAGCAAUUGCCAAAAAUUGCAAUGGCUGCAAUGGCUGUACUGGGCACACCUGGGGAUUCUUGUCCAUCAUCUUUAAACCUCUUGGUUAAAAUUUACUUUCUGAACUCUAGACAUCAAGGCAGUGAAAGGAAGAUGAAUAAAUUUGCAACUUUUAAAAGUAGUUCAUUUAUUUUGGAAUCCUGAGAGGGGACUGAAUUUUACUUAAUCUCAUUCUUGUGACUGAUGAAUCAAAUACAUUUCCUCAUUUCAAACAUUGCCUCAUUUUAAAUUUUGUUGCACCAGAAUGGUGAAUAUUCUUUGAUGCCAGUUCAUAGAAAGAUCAAUACAACCUCACUUUCUUAUUUGCUACCUGGGCAAUGGUUUCUUGAAUAAGGCCACCUUCAAUUACAAGAAUGACUUAAGCUCGUCUUUAGUUUGCUUUUUCAACAUGCUAAGUUUUUUUUUCUCUCUUUUUUUUUUUUUUUUGCAGUUUCCCUCUCCAGAAUGGGACAGUGUGACAGAGGAAGCCAAAGAUCUUAUUAACAAAAUGCUCACUGUAGAUCAAAGUAAAAGGAUCACAGCUGCAGAUGCCUUGAAACAUCCUUGGAUUGUGGUAUGUUGUUUUAUAUAUUCAUUUUAUUCUGUCAAUUCAGUUAUGUGACAGUGUCACUUCCAUGAAAUAAAAUGCAAAUAAUAUCAAUAUGUGCUCAAAGAAAUGACCAAUUUGUUUGUGGUACUCAACUUUUUUUUUUUUCAGCUCCUCCCCAUGGAAGUUUAGUUUAUAGACUAUAGGAAAAAUUAUGUUAUUUUUUUAAUUUUUUUUUUUUGCGACUUUUGCCCUUCAAUCCUUUCCCAUUGUGUGUUUUAUACACCACUUGUUGAGGGGAAUUUGCCCAGGGAAUGGUUUUGAUUUAGUGACACUGUGGUACACCUCCUGUUUACUCAGAUAAGUUAAAUACGAAUCUUAGACAAUUUUGGUGCAUUUUGUGUGAAGAAGGAAGGAACGGCCCUUUUAAACUUUGUGACAUGUAGCAUCAAGAAAAAAAAAAUCGGCAACAAGGUCGAUACAAUAUUUCAGAGCCAUUUUGAAGUCAACUUGUUUGCGUCAAGUUCUUGGCUGCCUUUUUGUAGUUGAAUAGUUGAGAAGUAUAGUAGCUGACAAAUAAGUGAAAAACGAGAUUAGAGCUUUUAAUUUUGUGCAGCUGCAAUGUAUUUAUGCCAGCUGCUAUGUGUUUUGUUUAUUGAAGAAGAAUCUGAUGAUAUUGAAACUCAGACCAUAUCUUAUCCUUUGAAGGAGAGAAAAUGAAAAAAAAAAAACUCCACGCAUAUUUUCUUUGUAAGUGUUUGGCUUCAUAGUUUUCUUUUCAUAAAGUUGUUUUCCUCUUUUUGAACACAUUUUUACCAUUCAAAAACACGGCGAAAGAAAAUAUGACGGGUGAAUUAAGAUGAGCCACAGAAUACACUAUAACUAAUUCACUCAGAAAAAUUGAAAGCAAGCUUACCCUUGAUGUUAGAAUUUGAUAUCGUGUAUUGCUACAUAACUGCAAGAUUGAGAAUAAUAAUUCCUUAAUCGGAGCAUCACAUCAUUCUGGCGUUGAGAUCGGUUCGCAGUUUUUAGAAUUAUUCGUACAUCUGAAAUAUUUUACGGGAGUUUUGAUACAGCAAAUAGACAGCCUUUGCGAGGAUACCAUACUUGUCAUUUCUGCUCGUCGCGAAUGCGAGAAAGUGAUUGGCUGAUGUCAAAAUGUUUCCACCAUUUUAAUCGUCCACUGAGAAUGCGUGUUUGACAGUCUGUUGUGAAAGUUUGGGAAAAUCUUCUUGAUUUUCCAACAAUGCCACCGAAUGAAUCCUAUUAGUUUUUGUACGUCAGUGUUAUUUUAGGUCGCUCCUUUUGUUUAUUUUCUGAAUUAAAAGUUUUCCCAGUCCACUGAGUUGUCAAUCAAAACCGUCAUAUUUACAACGACAAGAAAUAAUGCAAACUAAGCCUUGUUUCCUAACAUCAUCGACUUAAAAAAGGCUUUGGUUCUGACAUGACUAGGAGAACGUCUGCUGAUGUUGUAUCAAUACGUUCACUGCUGGACACUUGAAAUACCAAAAUUACACGAUUCACUUUUGAAAAGGCGUAUUCUUAAAAGAUGUUCCCCUCGGCCUAUGGAAGGGUUCUUCGUGGCAAAACUACAAUUCUAAACCUAUGGUUUUCACUACUACCAAGGAUGUUAGGCUUAUUGAAUCAGUAGGCUAUUAAUAUACCGACGGUUCUGCAAAUGAUACUUAGACUGCAAGUGCCUUUUUCCUUUUAAAUUGAAUGCUUAAAAGAUGGCAACGCAGACGAUUGGUAAACUUUUUCCUUAUCUACAAUAAUUACUUUUGGCCUCUAAUGUUUUUCCUAUUUAAUGAUUAUUUAAAUUUUUAAUCCUGACGAGAAACUUUGAAAAAAGAAAAUUUAAGCGUCAAUUAAAACUUUUACGCCAGCAUGAAAAAGCAAAUGAUCAUUUUUCAGAUGUAAAUUGUUUUCUGUUCUUGUGGAAGGCCUUUUGUAUUGUUAUUCUACAGCUGAAUUUCAAACUGUUUUUUAAGUUCAAUAGUUUGCACUAGUAGUUCGUAAAUUGGGAAAAUUUGAACCCGGAAAAAGACAAGUGAUGCGCUUAUAUUGCAUUGUGACCACUAAAACCUUUCCAGCCUCAAAUUAUGCACAAUUUAGUUGCUCUUAUUUGCAUACUGUCCAAUGUAUGAAGUUGCCUCUCCUAUGAAAUUAAACGAUAUCAGAGAAAGACCAACACAUAUUUACGCCUCCUCUUUCUAUUUUCCGGAGCCAUCCUGUCCAUAUUAUUCCAAAACAGUUUGUGAACCUACCGGAAAAUUACUUAGUUUGUGGUUCGUUGUCAAGUUUCUUGUUAAUUGAGCCAAGUGUGUUGUGGUGAAGGGAUUGACUAAAUCACUGACUUGUAUUGUUUGAGCACCUGUCCUUUAUGUCAAAUGCGCUCUAUAAAGAUCUGAUGUAUUUCUUCGCUUCUUCUCGCUGGGGCUGCAAACAGGGAUAUUCUUUUCAAUCUCUUGUUUCACUCGCCUUACAGACGGGAAUCUGAACUUUCAAACAGGUUCUUUACUCCAACAGCCUUCAGAAGGUUUCACGAUUGACCAGGGUAACUCGCAGUCGCUUAACUAAAUUUUUGAUCAUGAACUAUAAAAUGCAUUAUUUUUGUGCGUACAAUUUUUUCAGAACAGUGAACGAAUUGCCUCGAAAGUUCAUCGCCAAACUACGCUCGAUGGUUUGAGAAGAUUCAACGCGCGACGAAAACUUAAAGGGGCCAUUCUCACGACACUUUUAGCGACGCAUAAUUUUAGCGGCUCGAGAAAGAAGAAGGAAUCUGAUGAGGAUGUAAUGGCGACUCAUCCCGAAGAAACAGAUGGUACCACCCAAGCCAGCGCGCAGCCGCAGUGGAAAUCGCAGAAAGAACAGGAAAUAAUCCGCUUAACGCAGCAACUGAUAACCAGUAUAACCUCUCAAGAUUACGACACGUACAGCAAACUCGUUGACUCUCACGUAACUGCCUUCGAACCAGAAGCAAUUGGAAAUCUUGUGGAAGGUCUAGAGUUUCACAAGUUUUACUUCGAUAACGUGCUGCGUCAACGCAAUGCACCCACAAAUACAACGAUUCUCUCGCCUCACGUGCACAUUCUGAGCGCAGAAGCCGCGUGUAUCUCGUACGUGCGCCUGACCCAGCGAAUCGGAAGCAACGGCGAGCCAGUGACGGACCAAUCAGAAGAGACUCGAGUGUGGCAGUUAAAGAACGGGCAGUGGGUAUGUGUUCAUCUACACAGGUCUGCGUCAACUAAAGGACGCUAGAGAAAUGGUGAUUGAAUCUUGUUAGAGAACUGUUACGUGAAGUAAGUGGACAGUUUGUAACUAACAAAUAUGUUUUGAGUAUCAAGCCGGUAAAGACAUGGGCCUGGGAAUUCAUACUGUUGAAUUUUGAAUUGUCAAGACUGAGUUAUUUAACUGUCUGAGUUUAGAGAGUCAUAAGUGACUCCUUUUUUUCUACAACGUAUCUUUGGCACUGAGCUAAGGAAUUGUUGAAAUUGAAUUGUACAGGUGUUGUUACUCUAAUCAAAACACCAAUCCAGCUUUCCUAUGGGAGCAAAGUUAUUGAACUGAAUUUUACCGUAGCCAAGCACUUGAAUGACUGAAAAGAAUAUAAAUAGAAUUACAUAUAUAAUUGCAAAAUUGAUAUAUAAUAUGAGACAUUACUAGUUAUCAUUUAUUGCUUAUAGAUAAAGAAUUGAUAGUUGUUAGUAGCACCGAUUUACUCAGCUUGGUUUCAAAUAUGUGACCUUGUCUUGCAUUUUGUUUAGUUUUACUGGAAACCUUCCUUUUUUUCCCAUAUCUCCAGAAUUGCCUGAACGGGUGUAUCUAUCUUAAAUCGGAUCGGAGGCGGCUUUUGCAUAAUUUGAAUUAGUCUGUAAGUUAGUGAAUGCAAGUAAGGCCGUCCGUUUUUUUCUCUUCUUUUACAAUAAGACAGCCACAAUUGCUUUUGUUAUCUAUGAUACAAACUUCUAACAGGAUCCACUUAUCCCAUAAAGUGAUGUUGGUCUUAUUAGACUUAUUGUUGAUCACGUAGAUCUUACAACAGCUUUGCACUUUGUAACAUUUUAAAAAUUUAAGCUUUUGUGCUAUGGGAGAUGCAUUUUCUUUUCUUAGGUGGGAUUAGAAUUUCAUACAAAACAUCAUCCUAAUAUCUUUAUUUAGCUGUUAGCAAUGAUAAUGUUCCUCCAUUUAGGUUUUUCUCUACUAUUACCUACUGGGAAGGUUUGGACAAACGUGGUAUGAACUUUUAUUGACAUUUUCCUUACAUCUUUAAGUUACUGUUUUAUAAUUUAACAUUUGCGAGAAUAUUGUGAUACUUCUGUUUAUUGAGGGAAGUUCGCCUUUUUAAUCACUUUGUGUCCAAAUUCCCUCUGCGAAAUUUGAACAGUGGCUGAUAAAGAGCUAAUAAGAAAUAAUCAAGUGGAGUUUUAUUGGGAAAGAUGUGACUAACAACAGUCUGAAUAUAAACAGCUUAGUGGCCCGGGAGGGAAGACUGAGUGAGAUGGUUAUCAUUUAAUAAGGAAUUAUGUAAGUAACUAGUUUAGGUCUGGUGCAUGUAACUCACUCUUGUUAAACACGGCAGGAUUUAAAGUUUCUCAUUAGGGUCUUAUUCUUUCAAACUGACAGCUGAUAUUUCUACGUUUACAACAAAGCAGAGGUGCUCAAAAGUUGUUAUUGUAGUGUAUAACUUAUCUGAGUUACUGCCUGUUGUCCGAUUGGUCAAACAUCUUUCAUUCGUUGUUUCAGUGAACCCUUAGCAAAGUUGAAACACUUAAAUUUCAUUUCGCAAAUGCGAUGGACUGUUCUAAUCUUAAAUUGAUGACCAGAGCAGCUGUCAGAUCUUUGAUUUAUGCAAGAAAAUAGAAAUAAAAUUCCCGCCGUGUUACGACAGCGUGGUAUGUUAUAUUUAGAUUAUUGAGUGUUCACUGAUGGGUAAGUCCGAGAGAAGUGACGGUAAUAAUUGUAAGUGUUAUUUCUACCUAGAGAUUGUGAUUGAGUUCGAAUUCCAAGUAAUUAAGAAAAUAAAUGAUGCACUCAG